AUGGAAUAUAGCCCUCCAUUUACGGACCAGGAAAAGCGCAACAUUCUAGCAGAAGCUUUGAAGAAGAGCAAUGUUCCGGUCGAAAGACUCAUGUCGUUGCUCAAUGAAGGUGGCAUUGUCCCGAACUGGAGCCAGAUGGUCCUUCCCUAUGGAAGGACCCUGCAAUCAUGUGUGGACGCGUUCGAAUCUUUACGAUCAAGUCAACGGUCGCCAUACCCAAGUUUACCUCCUCCUCACCAACAACAGUCAGGCUUUACCUCUUCAGGUAGUAAACGAAAGUCUGGUUCAGAACUAGAACCGUUAAUGACCCAACCUCCUCCCAAGCGACGUCAAUCUGGUCAAGAUAACCCUCCCAUGUCUGCGCGCGAUAUAAGACCGAAACCAACUUCUGCCAAUGGAUCUCCGUUACCCUUUCAGUCUGCUUCACUACCACCGGCUCCUCAGGCGAAGAAACGCGGUCGCCCUUCCAAGGCGGAUGUAGAGCAACGCCAGAUGGAUGCAAUUGCACGAGGAGAGGUUCUGCCACCAUCGAGGACAUUAACUCCAAAAACGCUAAAGCCCAGUACCAUGAGGGACGAACAGCGCCAGCCAUUUACGGCCAUUGCGCCAAUGGCACCUAUUGUCCCGUCGAACGACCUUACCAGGACAGGUAGUCCGUAUCAAGGUGAAUCUUCAGCCGUCGCCACGGAAGGUGCUGUGAAAAAGAAAAAUGUGCGACCAGCCACUGCCAGACCAAAGGGUUCCAGGAUUAGCGAUUUACUGGAAAGUGAGUCUGAUGAAGCACAAAGGGGGCCAAAGCACUCUGGAGGAAACACGUUCCAAGCAGCAAGUGCUCCAAUGACCCAAAUGCAACAGCCACAAGAACAGCAGAUUCCACCUCAGAGCUUUGCUUCAGAGCCACAACCUAUCCGACCUAAACAAGCCGCGGAAUCAUCUGGACAGACAAGCCAACCUUCACAGGAACCACCACGAGAACCACCACCAGGAGGAGAUCCGCCUACACUGCCCCCAGCUGGAAGCAAACCAUAG